AGUGAAAGAUCAGAUCAUCCCUCCAAACUCCCAAACCCGCCAAUCUCAACACACUCUCUCAACGGUCUCUCUCUCUCUCUCUACAAAACAGCACUACCUGUUUCAUCACUUUCAUCAUUCUCUUCCUUCUCUCCUCUCUCCUCUCGACUCUCUCUCUAGACACACCACUGUGGAAUCCCUUACAUCCGUUACUUUCUCUCUCUACAAACACCAAUCUUGCAUCCAUUCUUUCUCUCCACAAGAUUCUUUUGCAUCUCUCUCUUCAGCCGUAAAUAAUAUUGUACAAAACCAGCAUAAUCUCUCUCUCUCUCUCUAACUGUGUGGUUAGAUUUAUGCUUAGAUCUGUGCCAAAAUGGCGUUAUCGUUAUCUGCUAUGAAAGAGUCUGCAUCUAGGGAUUAUACCUAUUGCAGGAAACAGAAAUCUCUUGGUCUCUUAUGCACCAAUUUCCUGAGCUUGUACAAUCGAGAUGAUGUGGAAACGAUUGGACUAGAUGAGGCCGCAUCACGAUUAGGGGUUGAGAGGCGGCGGAUCUAUGAUAUUGUCAAUGUAUUGGAAAGUAUUGGCGUUCUUAGAAGGAAGGCAAAGAAUCGCUAUUCUUGGAUUGGGUUUGGAGGAAUCCCCAAGGCUCUGCAACAGCUCAAGGAAGAGGGUUUGAGGGAGAAUCUUUGUUCAUUGGAGGGCAAUAACAAAACAAAAGUUUCAGUUGAUGAUGAUGGUGAAGAUGAGAAAUUUUCCAUUCUCAAUACUUCGACUCAGAAUGACAAGUCAAACCCUAAUUCGAAUCCUAAAUUUUAUGUGUUAUCCAGAGCUGAUAACAGAAAAGAAAAAUCUCUGGGACUUCUUACACAAAAUUUUAUCAAGCUCUUCCUUUGCUCCAAUGUGGAGAUAAUCUCCCUUGAUGAAGCUGCAAAAAUUUUGCUUGGGGAUGCUCAUGAUCCAUCAACGAUGAGAAAUAACUCUGCAGCUAAAGUCAGACGGCUUUAUGAUAUUGCAAAUGUUUUGUCUUCCAUGAAUCUCAUUGAGAAGACUCACCAUGCAGAAACAAGGAAGCCUGCCUUCAAGUGGUUACGUGCAAGAGAAACAAUUGAGAAUGUAUCUGCAAGUGAUUUGGUAUUCAAUGAGUCUAAGAAAAGGACAUUUGGGACUGAGAUUACAAAUACCAGCUUCAAGAGGAGCCGGAUGGUUUCACCAUUUGAUGGGAAUUUAAAUCAGGCUUCAAAGAUGCAGUUGCAUGCCCAAGUCAAAUGUGAGGGUUCGGAAAAUGAGGCUGAUUGGAACAAUGUGGAGCAGGAUUCAACACAGGUCUUAAAGAAUUACCAGUUCGGUCCUUUUGCUCCUGUCAGUGUGCCCAAACCCGGUGCUACCGAGAAUGGAGUGAAACAAGCUCGUGAUUGGGAAAGUCUAGCCUCUACCUAUCGUCCUCAGUAUCACAACCAAGCAUUGAAAGAUCUAUUUGUUCAUUACAUGGAAGCAUGGAGAUCAUGGUACUCUGAAGUUGCUGACAAGAACCCAGUACAACUAAUCUCCUAAUACUUCCCCACUCCCCCAAUAGGAUUCUUCAACUGAUCAAAGUACACAACAAUAGCACUGAGAUACAAUUCUUCUUUAUAAAUUGACAAAGAAGAGAUGGCCUGAUGUUGAAUGCAUAUUCUCUAUGCGUCGGCUGGAGUGGUUAUCCUCGGGAGAGAGAUAUGGGUGGAUGUUGAAUGCAUUCACAUGAAUGUAAUGCUUGAUUCUCAAUUCAUUUCUUAAUUUGUUUCUGUUUUGAUACACACCUUCACGAGGAUGUCUACUGUCAUUCUUUCUACUUUGACUUAAUUUGAAUAUAAUGGUUUAGACCA